CAAAGCAUUACCACUAGCACUACAUGCGCAGUUUGUCUCUCUGUGCCAGCUUAGCUUUUAUAGCUUCUCUCUCUCAUCCUCCAUUAUUGCUCUCUCUCUAAAAACUUGCAAUCACAUCUUUUCUUCCACAAUCCUCUCCCCAUAAUCUUCAUUCUUUGAUUGAUUUUUGUUUCCAAACGAAAGCAGAGGAAUCAAUCGGAGCCAAUGUCGUCGUCGGACGAUGAAGGCGGCGAGGAGUACCUGUUCAAGAUCGUCAUAAUCGGAGACUCCGCCGUCGGCAAAUCCAAUUUGCUCUCUCGCUAUGCUAGGAACGAGUUCAAUCUCCACUCCAAGGCCACCAUCGGCGUCGAAUUUCAGACUCAGGUUAUGGACAUCGACGGCAAGGAGGUUAAGGCUCAGAUUUGGGACACCGCCGGCCAGGAGCGGUUCCGCGCCGUCACCUCCGCGUACUACCGUGGCGCUGUCGGUGCUCUCGUCGUCUACGAUAUCAGCCGCCGCUCCACUUUCGACAGUGUUGGCCGAUGGCUCGACGAGCUCAAGACUCAUUCCGAUACAACCGUGGCAAGGAUGCUAGUCGGGAACAAAUGCGACUUGGAGAACAUCAGGGACGUGACUGUUGAAGAAGGCACGCAACUUGCGGAGGCCGAAGGAUUGUUCUUCAUGGAGACAUCUGCUCUAGAUUCAACAAAUGUUAAAAGGGCUUUCGAGAUCGUGAUUCGAGAAAUAUACAACAAUGUCAGCAGGAAGGUCCUGAAUUCCGAUACCUACAAAGCAGAAUUAUCCGUCAACCGCGUAAGCCUCGUCAGCAACGGCGGAUCAAAGCAAUCUGAAAGCUAUUUGUCUUCUUGCUGUUCGAGGUGAUGUUCAUAUCUCAGCUCCAAAAAUUGAGUGUUUUCACCAUGUUGGCCUCUUAGAUUCUGUUUUUGGUUUGGUGAUUCAAAUUGGUUGUCUUUCUUUGUUUGUUUCCUUUAUAAUUUCUCUCAGGCUCCUCCAAAUGCAAUGUAAGACCAUUUCCAUAUAUAGAAAUGAAAUUAUUUCUUUGAAUUUAAUUCAAGAAGAAACACUUUUGUAUUAAUUAUUAUUUGAAGCAAAUAGUGACAGAGCAAAUAUCAACAGUUUAUUAUUA